AUGGGCACCUUUGGCUACACUGCUCCUGAGUAUAUUACCACAGGGCCUGGAUGCUCAUCUGUAGCAUACGAUGCAUCAGAGGAAAUUGGGCCAUUUUGUGUAAACAAAACUGGAUCUUCUCUGUAUCUCAAUCCAGAUGCAUGCAACAGAGCAAAUAUUCUUUUUCUUGAAUCAUCUGCUGGUGUUGGCUUCUCAAACACAAAUACCAACUCUGAUCUCAAAACUUCAGGGGACAAAAGAAUAAGUAUAAAUGCACUGAUUUUUCUAAUCAGAUGGUUGUCAAGGUUUCCAUAGUAUAAAUAUAGGUUUUACAUUGCUGGGGAGAGCUAUGCAGGGCACUAUGUCCCCUGGUUGGCUAAGAAAAUCCAUGACUAUAACAAAAACAAUCCCCAAAUUAUUAAUCUCAAAGGGUUCAUUAAUUGGAAGGAUUCUGAAAUUUCUGUGCUGCCUAUAUAUAAAGAGUUAAUUGCUGCAGGAUUGAAAAUAUGGGUAUUCAGGUAA